AUGGCGCUGAUUCAGAAUCUCGAUGGCGUCCAGCAGACGUCCGAGGCCGAUAGAGAGGAAUCUGAGCCGGAGAAAGAGGAGGAGGAGUUGGGGGAGGCGGACAAUGACAACGCAGAUGCUGGUAAGUGGAAGCAAGUUUAA